CCAUGAUCAAAUAUGGUGCAGAUUUGCCUGAUUCUAUGGUCGCCCGAACUGUAAUCAAUAAAGAUAAUAAGUUUGAUGAUGUUAAUUGGAUUCAAGCCUCUAGAUUAGCUAUGUUGAAACUCAAUUCGGAUAAAGCACUAGAUUCGGUCAAUUUAGAGACUAUUAUAAACCAUGGUCUAACUUUUUUCGAUGCUAAGAGCACUGGCGGUGUAUUUGUUAUAGUGAUCGCCGGCGAUAAGAUAGAGACUCCCGUAUCAAAAGUGGUCGAAUUGGCCACAAAAUUGAGAAACAAAAACAUCAAAUUAAAUCUAAUUGUGUUUCCAUUCGACUCGAAAGACAAUCGGAUCACAGCAUCAGAAGUGCUCAAAACUGCCGCUCAUAUAACCAAUGGUCGAGUGACUUAUGUUAAAAGAGACGACACUCCGUGGACUGCCAGUCAUUUCCUUAAAGCAUUCACAAGUCUGACCAAUAAUUUCCAAACUAUAGCUGAGAAAUAUAUUGACGAUCAAACGCCAGAAAUUGAUUUUGAAUUUGCUGUCGAUAAUUCACUACAUGAAGCACACUUAAGGGUGUAUUUUAUGCGAUUGGAUACACGCGUCAAUACAGAUCCCUUACAAGACACCAUUCAAUUGGUCACACCCGGCAGCGUAACCAAAGUUAAUUAUGCGGACACAAUGGGUUACAUUCAAGGUUUUAGUGUCACAAUCGGUAGCUCUGACCAAAUCGGUAAAUGGCAUCUAACAGCCAAGCGAAAAGCGGAUUCACCGGGCAAAUCAUUGGAGCCAUUGUUAGCGAUCGCUGAGUUUGAAACAAAAUCAUUGAACAACAACGACAACCCUAUCACAGGCCAGUGUUGGCUCAAUACAGUGGAAUAUAACCCGAAAGAAGUCGGUAAUAAACCUGUGAUGGCUUACGUCAACGUGAAUAGAAAAGUGGACGAACUUGUAUCGGGAGUGACCGUCAAAUUGAUUAUCGUAAGUGAGUUCGACAAUCAGCCCAAGACUGGCCCAGAACUGGUUGACGACGGAUUAGGAGAUCCCGACAUAACCAAAGGCGACGGCAUUUACUCCACUUAUGUGACAGACAUCGGCACUCAGGCCUACUUCACGAUCAGCGCUGAGAUCACCAGCGAUACGGAUUCAAUCGAAGUGACCAAAGAGUUUGGCAGCACUUCGUUGCCAAUUAAGUCUACGGCGAAGACGUGCUGUGGUUCUCGAGUAGACGGCACCCGGGAAUCGGUUCCGAGUCAGACAAAACUGGUCCGUCGUGUGGAGUGCGGGACACUGUAUGUGACCGAUACGUUCGUAGCGUCGGAAUACCCUCCGAGUGCUGUCCGAGAUUUGCGGAUAGAGAGCGCCGAAUACGACAACCGAACCGUCAACUUGUUGUGGACGUCUCCGGGCGGUGACUAUACCGCGGGUUUUGUUAAUAAGUAUGACAUCAAAGCGUUUGUCCAGAAAGACAACUAUAAAGACGACCAAAAACUACUCGAAGACAUUAGAAGUGAUUUUGAGAAGACUGACGGCGCGGACAUCGAUGUGUCGGUCGACACACUGGCCGACGGCUACGGAAAGCCUCAGAGAUCUCAGAUUCGUAUCAAUUCAAACGCCGGUGGAGUCUAUUAUUUAGCGUUCAGAGCGUUUGAUGCGGACAAACAUCCCAGCGUUGUCUCCAAUAUAGUGAUGGCUUUUAUCAAAAUAGGCAACGGUAGUGACGAAUGGCUGUUAGCGGGGAUGACGUGGUGGGAGAUAAUGUUGAUAGCGAUCGGCGUUGCAGUUGUGCUCAUAGUUGUG